GGUUAUUUAACAUUGGCGCGUCGGUAUCAGAACACAUUCACUACGGUCCUGGGAACCAAACAAAACAUCAAGGAAUUUGAUUCCUUACUAGUAAAUCAUUCUUGUGCUGUAACGAUCCUAUACAUCGUCUUUCAGGUUUAUUUGCAACAUGCUGUGCCCAGAGGAGAGACCUUACCUCAGUGUCAAUAUCAUCCAAUCAGAGUGCUUCUGGGCCGCCAGGAAUAGAUCUAGAACUCGAACCAGGUCAACGGGAUGGUCAGGGACAGAUGAUAAACAAGAGGAGAUCAAGUUACGUGUUCGCGAUCCAAUGACUCACAUUCAGAAUGGAAAGGCUGUCUUUACUGACUACAGAAUCGAAAUCAAGGCUGUCGGUUCUUCCUUGGCUCUAAGUUACUCAAGCGUGCGCAGAAGAUACAAUGAGUUCGUGUGGCUCCACAACCAACUCCGAUCAAAGUUCACAGAGACUAAGAAUAUGCCAUGUUUACCAAGUAAAAAGCUGUUCGGGAGAUUUGCUGUGGACUUUAUUGAGAGUCGACAGAGAGCAUUAGAAGAUUACUUACAACGGUUGCUUAAUGACGAAGUGUUACUUGGCAACGCACAUCUACACUUAUUUCUUCAAACCAACUUCACUCCAAGCGAAAUCGAAUCAACACUCAGUCGUAAAGACCACGAAGAUGUCAAUCAUAUCAUACUCUUAGCAACAGCCAAUCAGCAUAACGAACACGUUCAAGGCAGCCGACGUCAUCGAUCGAUUUCUGACAGCGCGCUAGAAACUUCUUACAGUAGCCUGGACAUUAGUGACGUCACACCAGGAACAUCCGAGGUUUUCUCAUCCGGGUAUUACGGAGAUGACGAAGUUCCAGCUAACGACCAAUCAGGAAGCACGACAGAGUGUCUAGUUGCGCAAAGAAUGAUGGAUACCGAACCGCUUUCCUCGAGUUCUUCGGAGUAUGAUUUAAGUAUGGAGGAGUUCUUCGAAUUUGACGAUAAGAACGACAAAACAAAGUCCAAAAGAAAAAGCCAUCGAGCUUCAAAACAAAAGUCUUCAGCUGCUCAUAACACGCAAGGAUUGUUUGAAUAUCUCAUGCCUAUAUCGGGAUGCGAAUUAGAGUCCUAUAUAGUGUUUGGCAGCAAGCAAAGAGAAGAAGUGAGACCUAAGAGAGAGACUAAUGACGAGCGAAUAAAAAGAUUAGUUAAUGAGUACGAAGUUGUGUCGAUUUUAUAAGAAUUUUUCUGAACAAGAUUCCUUAUAAAAUGUAUAUUAAUUCACCUACAAAAACAUGAAACAUUUUAUAAACAUUCCACCAGUUGCAUCUCGAGAUACAUCUUAUUAACGUACUUCUCACGUACCAUUUCGGUUUCAGCUUCUAUGUCUUCGGUUUUUGAACCCAAAUAUAUUUUUUCGAUAGUGUAUAAUAUUGACAUUGGUAUAUAAAGGUGAUAUGGACCCGUGGGGUAUAUUUCCCGCAGUUAUACACCUCUCGCGCAUUUAUUUUGUAAUAAUAAAGACACACAAUUUAUUAUUAUUAAUUAUUUUGAAAUAUAGCAAAUAAGAUUUUAAAAUAAAGAGCUUAACCAGAGCACGAACGAAACUUU